ACUCCACAGUGGCCCUGACCCAAACAAGGGCAGACAGCAGGGAACUGGCACACUUAUGCUCAGAGCCACGAUGCUGGGGAGAGGCCCUCACAAGCCCUUAGCCAUCCUCAGGCACAUGGGGCUUCUCCGUGCCAUGAGGCCACAGCGCUGGCGCUCCUGGCAUUCCUGUGCGGAGCAACGCAGCGGCUGUGCCCGGCACCCCCUCUGGAGUGGCCCAGUCUCCUCAGUGGGAGGCACCCGGCAGUCUCCCAUCAACAUCCAGUGGAGAGACAGUGUGUAUGACCCACAGCUGGCACCACUCAAGGUCUCCUAUGAUGCUACAUCCUGCAGGUACCUCUGGAACACUGGCUACUUCUUCCAGGUGGAGUUUGAUGAUGCCCAUGAGGAGUCAGGGAUCAGCGGUGGGCCACUGGGAAACCACUACAGGCUGAAGCAGUUUCACUUCCACUGGGGAGCAGCGAAUGAGUGGGGCUCGGAGCACAGGGUGGAUGGUCACGCAUACCCGGCUGAGCUCCAUUUGGUUCACUGGAAUUCCACGAAAUAUGAAAAUUACAAGGAAGCCACCGUGGGGGCGAAUGGGCUGGCGGUGAUCGGAGUGUUCCUGAAGCUGGGGGCCCGGCAUGAGGCUUUGCAGAGGCUGGUGGAUGUCUUGCCAGAAGUGAAACACAAGGGUACACAGGUGGACGUGGGCCCCUUUGACCCUUCUUGUCUGCUGCCUGCCUGCCGGGAUUACUGGACCUACCCUGGCUCCCUCACCACCCCGCCACUGGCUGAAUCAGUCACCUGGAUUAUCCAGAAGAUGCCCAUUGAGGUGGCCCCAAGCCAGCUGUCAGCGUUCCGCACACUCUUGUUUUCUGGACACGGUGAGGAAGAAGAGGUGAUGGUAAACAACUACCGCCCACUCCAGCCCCUCAUGGACCGGAAAGUCCGUUCAUCAUUCCAGGCCACUAGGAUGGGAACGAGGUCCUAAUCACAGGAGGAUGUCUGCAAGGAUAGGCGGAACAGAGUGACAUGUGAUAAAAAAAGACGAGAUCAUUGCUCCGGUCAACCUGCUUUUUUUUGUUGUUGUUGCAAGUAAAAGAAAUACUUUAAAGAAACCGAAGGAACAGAGCUGGAGGGACAGCUCCGCCCACAAAGCGCUUACCUAAUGCCAUAAGGACCUGAGGUCAGAUCCCCAGUAUCCACACAAAAAGUGUGUGCAUGAAAAUUGGAGACAAGUGGAUCCCUGGAAGCUUGCAGGACAGCCAGCCAGGACUAUGUCAUGAAUUCUAAAACAAAGAGAAGUCCUGUCUCAAGCAAAAUGUGGAAUGUAUCUGAGGACUGACAUGGGACACCCUCUGAUCUCCACAUGCAAAAAGUGCACAUUUGCAUCUGUACACAUAUGUGCACCAAAAUACCCAAAUCUCACACACACACACACACACACACACACACACACAGAGAGAGAGAGAGAGAGAGAGAGAGAGAGAGAGAAAGAGAGAGAGAGAGAGAAACGUAUGUACAUAGGGUAGAACCUGGACAGGGCCGUCUCAGGAGACCCAAGACAGGUACAAGAUGGCCUUCAAGACUGAGCAACUUGCCGGAUGUGGUGGCUCAUGCCUUUAAUUCCAGCACUGGAGAGGCAGGCUGGGGUGGGGUGGGGUGGGGGUGGAUCUUUGUGAGUUUGAGGCCAGUUUGGUUUACAUAGUGAGUUCCAGGACAGUCAGGGCUACAUAGUGAGAUCCUGUCGCAAAACAAACAAAACAAAACAAAAAAAAACUAAACAAAUUAAAAAAGACAGAGCCAAUCAUCUACACCUACA